AUGGCAGCACUUCCGGCUUUCACGCCUCCAGCGGCAGCGCUGUCGCUGGGCCCGACGCCGCGCGCCGUGCGAUUUCGACACCCAGCCUACCCCGACUCAGCUCCCGACUUACUUGUGCUUAUGGCCGCAGACGGCGAUGGCGGGCUCGACUACGAUCUUGCAUUGGCGGCUUGCUGCAUCAUCGCUGGCGUGGACUGGGACGGCGGCUACUUGGCACUGAAAGCCUCGGCCACCAACGAUCUUCAACGGGUCGAUCGCCCGCAGGACGGCUCACUCCAUGGACGCGAAUACUUUUUCUGUGUUGAUGGAGACGACCCUUUAUUCAAAUAUCCCGUUAUCCCAUCGUUCCAUCACUGGCGCUUCCCACACGGCAGCUUCGAAGCGGACGAUGGCACGCCACGCGGUAACCUUCCACUUCCAUGGAGAGGCCUGCGUUUUCCCGAUUUCAUCCCACCACGUCCGACGGUGAAGGGCCCUGCCGCGGCAAUGGACCGCGAUAUUACCUGCCGGGUAACCGGGCACAUGAAUGGCGUUGAAAAGGCACACCUCGUUCCGGAAGGAGAACGGCUUUGGUUUGUGUCGAAUAAGAUGGAUAGGUAA